UAGGACGCGACUCAAUGGACACCGACACGGGCUGCCUGUCAAAUAUACGGGAUUCACGCGACGCUUCUUUCGAAUGAGCUUGGCGGCGUUCUGAGGACAUGGUGCGAUGUCGCAUCCGACGGUGGCCACAAUAACGCGCGUGAACCACAUUGAACUUCCACGAGGACCGCCGAGCAAAAUCAGAUGAACUCCGAAUCUCAACGGCAGCAUUAUGUAUUACUACGAUGAAAGAUGCUAAUUCUUAAGGAGCUCUGCUUCUGUUGAAGUGGUUCUGGUUCAAGAGGCCUGCUAAAGCACAAUGAGAGCCAUUGUAUCAAUCGUGCUGAUCACACUGCUGUGUGGCAUAAGCUUAGCUCCUAUCAAUGCCAUUAGGAAAUGUGCCAGUAGAAAGAAAAAUGUUGAAAAUCUUUCUUUGAAGCAGAAUUCAGCAGAUGUUACAUCCAAUGAUCAUAAUAUAAAUGAAGAUGUGAAAUUUGAGAUAUGUAAUAAUUUCUGUCAUGCCUUGUGGCAAGAAGAUAAAACAGCAAAUGGCACUGAAAUAACUAUUUUGUCUCAAGGUUGUUGGAAACAGUCUGGUGAACAAAAAUGUGAAAAUAUAGAAUGUGUUGCACUCCAGAGAUCUACAAAAGCUUUGAACAACACAAAGUUUUGUUGCUGUCACGGAGAUUUUUGUAAUCGCAAUAUUACAAGCUCCAAUCUUGCAGAUCCGGAUAACAAAAUAUUUAAUCCUCUUUCAUCGCAAAAGAGUCAGCCAACUACAGAAUAUCUUGAACAGUCAAAUUAUGAACGAUUAUUGCUUAUUAUAAUAACCGGCGUAGCAUGUACAUCGCUAGUAAUAUGUACUAUAUCCAUGAUUAUAUACAAAUCCUCUCACAACAAUAUUUUAAUAAGAUUAGGAAAAUCAUUAUCUUACAAUGAUCAGUUCAUGGAUAGCACAGCAUUAAGAACUGGUACUUACACUGUUGAUCAUUUGAAACUCGCAAAUAUUGUAGGUCAAGGACGAUACGGAUCAGUUUGGCAGGGCAGUAUGGGAGAUCAAGAUGUUGCAGUUAAAAUAUAUCCAUCACAUUAUCGCAAUUAUUUUCAGAAUGAAAGAGAUACUUAUUGUCUACCUUUUAUGGAACAUCCAUCAUUAUUAAGCUAUUAUGGUGUGGAUGAAAGAAUAAGCAUGGAAGGUAGUAUUGAAUAUCUUUUGGUACUCAGUUUUGCUCCGGGUGGUAGUUUAACAGAAUUCUUACGAACUCACACUAUUGAUUGGAACACAUUCUGCAAAAUGAGUCUUUCCAUUGUUAAAGGACUUGCUUAUUUACAUACGGAUAUACGCAAAGGUGACAAGUUUAAGCCAUGCAUUGCACAUAGGGAUAUAAAUUCAAGAAACAUAUUAAUUAAAGCUGAUGGUUCUUGCUAUAUUUGUGAUUUGGGAUUAGCAGUUCAAAUUUCUGGAUCGAAAUAUUAUUCUAAUGGAGAGGAGCAGCAUGCCGAAUUAAAAUCAAUUAAUGACGUGGGCACUCUGAGAUACAUGGCGCCAGAAGUGUUGGAUGGUGCUGUUAAUUUACGGGAUUGCGAAAGUUCUUUAAAACAAAUAGAUGUUUAUGCAAUGGGUUUAGUUCUUUGGGAACUGAUUACAAGAUGUUCUGACAUUUAUAUUCCUGGAUCGGAUGUACCGCAAUAUAAACAACCAUAUGAAAAUGAAAUAGGUCUUCAUCCAACGUUUGAACAAAUGCAAGUCUUAGUAUCACGUAAUAAAGCAAGACCACUUUUAGAAGGUAACUUAGUAGAUAGACCAGGAGUGCGUUUGAUUAAGGAAACUAUAGAAGAUUGUUGGGACGCUGAUGCUGAAGCUCGUUUAACUGCUUUGUGUAUAGAAGAACGACUUUCAGAACUGCAAUCUCAUCGUGUAACGAUGCACUUUACUGAUGGAAGUCCAAUGGUGAAUUCUCACUGCACCUUAGUGCCUUCAACGACAAACAGUCUUUAUAGUGAAUCCUCGCAUCAUGACAAUGUACAUGUUGUUCAACUUGCAUUGAACAUGGUGCAAGAUAGUAAUACUAACGAUAGUGCAAUAGCUGAAAAUUUAGUUACAUUAUCACCAUCUGACAGCGUUGCUCAUGAACACAGUUUCAAAAAUUCAAACGAAGUAGCAACAUAUAAUCAUACUCAAACGCUUCAGCCGUAUCAGGGCAGAAAUCCGUGUAUGGAAAGAAAUUUAAUGUUACAAUCAGAUUCGUUGGAAGACUUAAGCUGUAAUGGUAACAUUCUCGUCGAUAAAUCACUGAAGCAUGCGUGUAAUGAUCAAUACAAAACUGGAACAGAAGCACAAGGCUUAGUUUCGCACGAUUAUUUAAGUCAACAUACUACUCAAUUGACACAACUUAGGCCGGCAACGCCUAUACCAUAUGUUCAAAAUGUUAUUUCUGAUGAAGGAUCAUCUUAUGGUAAGAGAAAACAGACAAAUGUACAGGACACGUCUCUUCAAGAAAGCCCACGGAAAAAAUUAUUUGCCUGGCCCAAUUUAAAGAAAUUGCUCAUCAAUAAGAAAAUGUAUCCAUAUAGCAGAUACCAAAUAGAUAGAGAAGAUUCUAAGUCAAAUUUAUUAUCAAAGCAAAAUGUCCAGAUUAAAACUGUAGAAACGAACGUAACAAUUUCGCCUGGAGGAAAAUAUAUAAAUGGUAUUAUUGGUAAGACUUCUACUUCGGCGAUGCCAGUAGAGAAGAAUGACAAAAAUAUCGCACAAACGGGGAAGCAAAAACAGUAUGAGAAUGAUAAUGCGACGUCUAACGCGCGUCCUUCCACUUUGCCUCUCGUAAAUUUAAGAAAUAAAAAACGAGAAAAUAAUCUAAGCAGGCAAGAAAGCAUAGAUAAAUUUAAUGAAGUCUUUAAUGUGGGUUCGAAUGUAAACAACGCAUUGAAAGAUCCACAUAUGAGAAUAAAAACACCCGGUGAUUUGCCACCGUCUGUUAGGAAAGUUCGCGGUCGAGCGCAAUCAACGGCGCGAUUUUCGCUUUACGAUGAUCGCAUGAUGUGCAAUAUUCUGAACGAAGAGGACGAUCAAAGUGACAAAGCCAUUUGGAAUUCUGUGCCAUUUGGUAUGGAUCUCGGUGAUAGUGAUGGAAAACAUUCACCAACGAAACUUGGUACCAAAAAUGUUACGUGCUUUUAAUCAGAUAUUAAUGUAUUUGUAAAGUCUUUAUGUCUAUAAUAUAUAGAGUCAAGAAAAAAAGAAACGCUGUAAGGUAUCUUCAGCUUCGAUUUAUGUACAGAAUUUGUGUAUAAGAAUAAGUAAGAUUUUAUACUCACAAAAUAUAUUGCUACGAUACAGAUUUAAAUAAUGAAAUUUUAAAAAAAUUAGAAAUGUAAUCAGAAGCUCGUGCUAUUAAAUUCAUUUGUCAUGUUAUAUUGAUAGCAUACUUUGGACGUAAUGAAUGCUUUUGAUGAAAUAGAUGAUUGGGUGACAAGUGCACAUAAUAAUUACGGAUAGAAAAUAGAAAAUCAAAUCGAUAAUCUAUAUGCGCUGAAAUGUGAGAAAUGAGUUUAUUAUGAAAUUGCUUUCAUAUAUACGAUAUUUGUGAUUUAUUGUAAUUCUUUAUAUUCUCAAUGUUUUUUUCGAUUUAAUAGACUUAAUGAAUUUUCAGAGUAAUUGAUAAACA